CAUGUGUAUGGUAGAGCUCCAUUUACAUUCCCUUUACAACUGAUAAAAACGACGAUGUCUCGGCCACAUCAGGCAUUGCUGAUUUAAAUAGUAGUCAUGUGCUGAUUUAAAUAGUAGUCAUGUUCAAAAGCGUGGUUAAUGCGUGGGCUUGGCAGACUGUGGAAGCUUAAUUAAUUUACUUAUAAGACGGUAGGCUGGCAACAAACAGUUUACGGUGUAAAUCGUGAAACAUUUCACUGCUUGGUCGCAGAUGCUGUGUCUAUUCAUUAUCUCGUUGGAGGAUUUAUCAAUGACAGUGUAUUCAUGUGCUGGUCGCGGCGGCGGCGGUUCCACCCUCGGUGCUAUGAUCCUCCUCCCCGCUUCAGUAGCGAUUUGAACUACCGGUAACCUUCUUCCAAUAGGUAAUAGCAACAUUGUAACUUAUUGGAAAGAUGGGGAGCACGACCUCUUGCUGUGUUUCUUCAAGCCCGAAGCUCCGGAGAAAUGCUCAUUCGAGGCUGGAGUCGUACAAUACAGAGCCGGAGUUGAGUAGGGAGGAUACGGGCUGCAACCUGCAGCACAUCAGCGACCGAGAGAAUGUCGACGAGCUGAACAUGGAGUACAACCCUUCUGACCAUCCUCGGGCCAGCACAAUAUUCCUCAGCAAAUCUCAGACGGAUGUGGAGUUGUCAAGCAAAAAUGUGCGUGAAAAAAGAAAGAGCCUCUUCAUGAAUUAUCAUGGAUCAACUAGAAGAAAACACAGCUCCUGUUCCACCAUCUUCCUGGAUGACAACACAGUCAGUCAGCCCAAUCUUAAAUUCACCAUUAAAUGUGUAUCUCUUGCAAUAUAUUACCAUAUAAAGAACAGGGACACAGAUGGAGGAAUGCGGCAAGACAUUUUUGACGAGAAGCUUCACCCUCUCUCGAAAUCUGAAGUGCCGUCUGACUAUGACAAACACGACCCCGAGCAGAAACAGAUCUACCGCUUCGUCCGGACGCUGUUCAGUGCUGCUCAGCUCACUGCAGAAUGUGCCAUUGUUACACUGGUGUACGUUGAGAGGCUGCUGACGUAUGCAGAGAUAGACAUUGGCCCAGAGAACUGGAAGCGUAUCGUACUGGGAGCCAUUCUGCUGGCCUCUAAGGUUUGGGAUGACCAGGCUGUUUGGAACGUAGACUACUGCCAGAUCCUCAAAGACAUCACCGUGGAGGACAUGAACGAGCUGGAGCGUCAGUUUCUGGAGCUUCUGCAGUUCAACAUCAACGUUCCGUCAAGUGUUUAUGCCAAGUAUUACUUUGACCUGCGCUCACUGUCAGAGACCAACAACCUGAGCUUCCCUCUGGAGCCUCUGAGCCGGGACAAAGCCCAGAGACUAGAGGCGAUCUCAAGGUUAUGUGACGACAAGUACAAGGAUGUCAGGAGAGCUGCCAAGAAGCGCUCAGCGAGUAUGGACAAUCUGGUCGGGAUGCGAUGGGUCCCUGCCAUCCUCUCCUAACAACCACGAACAUAGACCACACCUGAGAUUGGGCCUGAGGCCAGCAUGGGGACUUCUAGAGACCACAACUGAGACUGGGCCUGAGGCCAGCAUGGGGACUUCCAGUCUCUACCUGGAGUAGAGUUGAACAAUUCUGGUAACUUUCCCAAAAUGCCUUGGUUUCCAGAAAUCCUGAUUGGAGGAUUCCAGAUUUCAUGCUGAUUCCUGGGAAUUUUGGAAAAGUUACCGGAAUUCUGCAAACCUAACCUGGAUAGACACACCGACCUUGUCCCUGUCACAGAUAGAUGCCUUCACAGUGCCUCCGCUCCUGUAACAGAGAGUGAAGAGCUCUCUACAGGACUGGUAGUUCACUGACUGUUAAGAGUAAGAAAAAGGAAAGCUUUCUUGUGAUACAACAUACUGAUUGUUAAGAGAGCUCAUGACAUCACAGUUUCCUGUGGACAGAAGCAGACAGGCGACCAUCAAGACCAUCAGAAGUAGCCAGCCAACCAUAACCGUGGCAACAUUAGCUUUAUGCAUUGUAGCAGCAAACCAAGAGAGAAGUUGUCAGAAAACAGCAUUCCAGUGACAUCUGACCUCUUCUCCUGGGUCGUACCAAACGAAAGAAAAAGGACUGAAACGGGUGGACGACCUGAAGUUGUCCAUUAAGAAACCAUUUCGGUUUCGGUUGGAAAACAUUUUGCUACGGUGUGCACUAAUGAAUACGACCAUGGGUCCUGGACUGUCCAAGCUGGCGUGGCUCAACAGAUGGUUGGUUGCCUUUGGAGAUGGUUCUGUAGCUUUUGGUGAAAGGGUUUUUAUUAAUUUUGUAUUCAUAAGGUUGUUUUCACUGCCUACUGCUAUAGCCGACCAAACCCAAGUACCUGCAGACAGUAUUUGAUCAGGUAAAAAAGCAUUCUAGCUGCACAGGUGUUUCUACUGGAGAUCUACAUUCAAAUUCCAGAAACAUUUGUUCAUAAUUAUUUAAUUACCCAAUUAUUUUGUUCGUUCAAACAAGUUGACCAUAUUACUUUACUAUCCACUGGGCAAAAACUGGUUGAAUCAACUUUGUUUCCAGGUCAUUUCAACAACCAAAAAUCAAUGUGAUGACGUUGAAUCAACGUGGAAAACUGAUUGGAUUUGCAAAAAGUAAUCAACGUAAGGGAAUGUUGUAUUUUUUUCACUGAACUUUUAACAUAAACUUUUAAUGUAAAUCAGAAAUAGACGUUGAACUGACGUCUGUGCCCAGUGGGUACCUUUCCACUAGUAUACCUCCCUAGUUACUGUACAUCCUAAUACUCAGAAUGUUGUAUUCAGAUCUGCAGCUAAAUUCAUAAUUGAAUCUGGGUUUGGCGGAUGCCAGCAGAACGCUACCUGCCCGAAUGCAUAGUGCCAACUGUUAAGUUUGG